AUGCCAGCCCCAGCUCUAUCAUGCCUCCUCAUUCUCCUUCUCACCCUCAUCCUAUCUUUUGCUGGCAUCGUCGCAGCCAAAGAACUAUACAACAUCACUGUCUCUGAUCAGUCACCUACCAUCUCCUAUUCUCCUUCUCGUUCAGGCCCAGCUGACCAGAGUUGGAACGUGACCUACUCCGACUCCAAUUGGUCAGACUACGUCAAUCAAACUAUAGGUCAAGGGGUGUCUUCACACUAUACCACUUACAUCGGAGCCAAUGCGAGUCUAGGAUGGUGGGGUUCCGCGGUGUACCUAUGGGCAGAAGCGGGUGAUAGCGAUAUUGAAGUGAAGGUAGAUGGUAAUACGACUGCGAAGAAGAUUGACGGAGGGUGGUAUGUCGAUAAGUUAUCUGAGAGCUGGCAUAGGUUGAGAGUGAGGGUGAUAGGGAAUGGAGGAGUGAGAAUUACGGGAGUUACAUUCACGACUGUCAUCGGAGAAGAGGGAGCAACACCUGUUAAUUCGACUAUCCAAGCUAUCUUCGGUGAGAAUCAGAUCAAUGGAGUCUUUAGUCGAUCUACGGGACAGUGGGAGACGGCUACUCAGAUUGGUGGAGCAGGCGACCAAUCGAUACAGACUUACAACCGACUAGACUCCUUCACACCAGGUUCCAAACUGAUCUUUCAACCUCCUUCCAACACAUCUUUCAUUGUUCUAUACGGAUCUGUCAAUUUCGACCACGGUCAAUUCAGUGUCUCUCUAUCAACAUCGAAUCUACCAAACGUAGCUACCUCGGGCGAUGUUCAGGAUACAACCACCACAACGACGACUAUCGGUGGUGUUCCUGCCACUCAGCAAUUUUACGGUACGAGCCCAUGGGUAUCGAUGGAUCAGGUAUUGUAUUAUGCCAAUUUGGAUACAACCGCUCAAUAUACUGUUACGGUCGAGAAUCAAGGACAGGGGAGACCCUACUGGGAUAUAUCGAAAGCUGUGUUUAUACAGCCUCAAGGUGGUAAAUCAAGUGGGAGUUCAUCUAACACAGCAGCCAUAGCUGGAGGAGUGGCCGGCGGAGUAGUAGCUCUCAUCCUGAUGGCAGGAUUACUGUGGUUCUUCGUCUUCCGCAAAAAGAGGGAUCAACUCAAAAGGAAACAAGAGGCAAAUUUGUAUGAGGAUAAACCAUUCGAGAUUGACCCGUAUACGCCUCAUGGGGAUGGGAGCGCCGGUGACGCUUAUGCCAACGCUGCUUCAGGAGGGCAUACGCCAUUCGAUCACACUCCUCCAUCAAGUCAUCAGCGAGAUUCAACAGUCACCCCUCUCCUAAUGGGCUCAGCAGGUUCACCAGAUCCCAGAUCAUCUUAUCAAUCUAGUGGAUCGUACAAUCCACAUCAAAACUCGCUGCCUCAUUCAGCAGAUGGCUACGGGUAUUACGCGCCCAGUUCAUCUAUACAGACAAGUCAGGAGACCGGUGGGGAUGGGAUGGUACUUCAUAAUCCGGAUCAGGCUCAGAGCAGUGCUGGUAGACCCAAUUCUGGUGUUCAAGGUAGUAAAGCGAGAUAUAGUAACAAUAACGAAAGGAGACGACGAAGUAAUAUCAUUCAAGAGGAGGAUGCCGGAGCUGUACCACACCCGCAACCUGCCGAGGAGGAACAAACUGUCAUUCCACCUAGUUAUAAUCCGUCGUGGGCACAGAAUAGAUCGGAUAAUGGAUCGAGGACGAAUUAA